AUAUAUAAUAAAUAUUAAUAUCUUAUAAUAAAUAUUAAUAUCUUUAUUAUCGUAUGAACUAUGAAGUUUCAUUGCGAAAAAAACAUUUUGUUUUGUUUUUAUUUUUAUAUAAAACUUACCAUAAAAAAAUGAAUUAGUUCUAUAAUGUAUAUAAAAGUACCAAUCACUGUACAAUAGAACAUUGAUUUUUUAAAAAUGGUUUAGUGAUCAGCGAUAAUUAUUUAUUCUAAAUACUUUGAGGAUCUAAAUUCUUAAUAGCAAUGCUUAUUAGGCUGUUGUCACAAUAUAUUUUGCAAAAGAAAUGUAUAAAAUCAUAUUUCAUGAGUUACUGUUAUCAUACAGAUCAUAACGAUCUUCUACCUAAUAUUUCCUUAAUAGGAAUAAAAAAAAUUUUAAGGGAAAAUAAUAUAACAUUUCUAGAAGGCCAUGCUUGUAUUAACAUAAAUUGCCCUAUAUGUGAAAGUAAUAAAUGUACAAAAAAUCGAAAGAUUUAUAUAAAUAAGACAACAGGGUUCUUUAUGUGCGAUAAAUGCAGGUGUAUUGGGCCAUGGAAUAUAUUAGAAAAAUUAUUAUCAUUAAAAGUAACUAACAAAAAAAUUAAGGAAUUAGAAGAACUUAAAAAGAAUUUAUCAGUGGAUAAAGAUUAUGUAGAUGAAUGGAAAAUUAUAAAGGAAAAUUGUAUAGAGAUUUCUAAAUUAUCCAAAGAUAAAUAUGACAAAAUUUUGGAUAUGCUUUCAUUGAAGAAUGUAUUGCAAGAAGAUAUAUCCACAUUAAACUGUUUAUACAGUGAAGAUAAAAAUGCUCUUUAUUUUCCAAUGUACGCUUUUGAUCAUUAUCUUGUUGGUGUUAAGCAAUUUUUCUUGGAUACUAGAACUGAAAUAACGAUUCCAACUUCGGAUGUCAGUGGCCUUAUAAUUUAUGGGCAUAAAAAUAUAAAAAGUGACGCUAGUGCUGUUGUUAUACCAACUAUUCCAGAUCUGUUAGCACUAAUAUCUCAACAAUUAGUGAACGUCAUCAUCUGUUUACCAUACAAUUUACAAUACUUACCUCAGCAGGUAUUGCCAAGUCUAGAAAAUUUUAAAAAAUUAACUUUAUGGUUUGGAAAUGAUAAUUCAAGUUGGGAUGCAGCACGACAUUUCUCCAAAAAACUGAAUGAAGAAAGAUGUUACUUUGUAAGAUCAACUGAUCUACAACCCAGCCCAAAAGUUGCUGUUGAUUUAAAAUAUGAUAUUAAAAAUAUUAUACAUAAUGCUCGGCCAAUAUGGCAUCAAAGUAUUACUACCUUUCGCUAUUUAAGACAAGACGUUUUAAGUGAUUUACAAAAUAUUGAUAAGGUUCAAGGUGUAAAAUGGAAACGAUAUCCAGCUCUAAAUCGUAUUUUGAAAGGCCAUAGAAGAGGGGAAUUCACAAUAUUAACUGGUCCAACUGGAUCUGGUAAAACUACAUUCAUGAGUGAAUAUUCAUUAGACUUGGCAAUGCAAGGAGUUAACACAUUAUGGGGUAGUUUUGAAAUUAGAAAUGCACGAUUAGCAAGGACAAUGUUGCAACAAAUGGCAGGUGUUUCCCUUUAUGAUAACAUAAUUGAUUUUGAUAUGUAUGCAGAUGCUUUUGAAAAGUUACCCAUCUAUUUUAUGACGUUUCAUGGGCAACAAAGUAUUAAAAUUGUUAUGGAUGCAGUAGAGCAUGCAACAUAUGUGCAUGACAUAUCUCAUGUGAUCAUUGACAAUAUGCAAUUUAUGAUGGGAAUUUCUGAUGAAUCCAAACACAUAGAUAGGUUUUGGAGACAAGAUAAAAUAAUUUCUGCAUUUAGAAUCUUUGCUACAAAAUAUAAUUGUCAUGUUACACUUGUAAUUCAUCCGAGAAAAGAACGCGAUGACGAAGAACUAACAACUUCAUCUAUUUUUGGAAGUGCUAAAGCAAGUCAAGAAGCUGAUAAUGUUCUUAUUAUACAAGACAAGAGACUUACUAGUAUAAAAGGAAAAAAAUAUUUACAAGUAGCCAAAAAUAGAUACAGUGGCGAUUUGGGUAUCAUGAUAUUGGAUUUUGAUAAAACUAGUUUAAGUUAUGGAACUAAAAAAAAAUCAAAAUCUGAAACUAAAAGUACUAUAAAGUCUGAUUCAGAUAAAGAAUUAGAAUUAUAAGAUACAAUUAAAACCAAAAUCAGGCAUAAAAAUCAAUUUUCUUAUACAGUAUUUUUGGUGAUUUUGUAUUAAUUAAAAAAAAAAAAGAAAAAAAAAAAAUACAAAAAAGACUUAAGCGCUUUAUAAAUGUAUAUAUGAAAA